UUAGUUUUUUUCAUACGAUUAUGUUCAUCAUUUACACUAACUAUAAUUAGCUCUUGAAUAAGACUACAAUGGGAGACAGAGAAAAAACUAAAUAUAAUCAGUGGAACUUGGAAGAAACAAAAGUACUGGUUGAAUUACUUGUGGAGGGAAUUAAACGUGGAUGGCGUGAUGCUAGUGGUCUAAUAAACAAGGCAACGGUAGAAAACAAAAUACUACCAGUCCUUAAUGAAAGAGUUGGAUGUGAGAAACUCUAUAAGCAUUACCAGAGCAGGAUCAAGUAUUUGAAGACCCUGUACCAAAGUUAUGUUGAUCUUCAACGUAACAGCUCUGGAUUUGGAUGGGAUUAUGAGACAAAAAGGUUUACAGCUUCUGAAGAAGUGUGGCAAGGAUAUUUGAAGGCACAUCCAAACCACCAAUUUAUGCGCUAUGACUCGCAUGAACAAUUUGAGGACUUGAAGAUUAUAUUUGAUGGAACAACUGCAAAUGGUGGCAAGUCACUUGGAUUAAGUGAUACUACUGAUGCUCGUACUAAUCUUGUUGGUGAUAAUCAAGUGAAAGAAACCUUGAUGUUUUGUGAAAACAGUGAUGAUGUUAUUGAUGUGUCUCCUGUUUUAAAACAAAAUCUGAAAGGUCAUGCAGAAAAGUUGAUCCCAAGAAAGAGAGCUAGAACUGAAGCAUGCUACAAUUUGGAGGAGCUGAAGAAUGAUAACAAUGAUUCCAUGGUCACUGUGAGCAAUAAGAUCCUUAGUAUCAUCCAACAAAGAGAAGAGAGACAACAAAAGGAGGCUGAGCAGAAAGAAGCUGAGAAAAAGAAAAACAGUGUUUGGGAUGCAAUGCAAGAGAUAACUAACUUGGACCAGCAUACCAAGUUUAAAGCUGUGACUCUUAUCUAUUCUCUGGGCAUGAAAGAUGUUUUUACAGAUAUGUCGGUAGAAGAACGCUUUGGUUGGAUCCAAACCAAUAUUGGCUAG